GGCUACGAACAUGGGGCUGGAGCGUCUGCUUAAGGAGGUGAAGCAGGCCUUUCCCUCGUUCUAUGGCGUCCCGGAGGCGGCGACGGUCUCUUCGAUGGCGGCGCUCAACUUUGUCUGGAGGGACCACCUCGAAGCUGGCGGCCGCAACAUCUUCGCGAAUGCUGAUCGGGAUGAGCUCGUUGCCGCGGGCUUGCCAGUUGGCUUCAAGCGGAGGAGGUAUGACGGCGAGAACGCUCGGCUGCGCCGCUCGCGGCCGGACAUAUCCUUGGUGAAUCGGCGGCUGGCGCAGCUGAGGCAGAGCAACCCCGCGGCUUCGCGGGGAGAUGCUGCCGCGGACGUUGCGCAGAUGUCCAUGGACGAGCGGGCCGCCAUCAUCGCUGACAUCGAGGGUGGCCCCAGGCUGGGCGAUAGCGCCGGCGACAGCGGCGGAGCGCCCAACGGCCCCAUUGCCCGCGAGCUGCCGCCAUGGGCAUCGCCUGACCUUCAGUGGCCUGUAAGUUUGGAAGCGCUGCAGCGGGCCGUUGGAAAGACUACGGGAUUCGCGAGUUACGGAGAGAAGCAGCGGAAGUCUUCGAGGCUACACGCUGCGACGGACGAUCAUGGCAUCAUCGCGCCCGGUCGCCUUUUCUACGAGCGUUUCCCGUGCAUUUUAAGGCAUCUUGGGCUAUGUUACAGCAAGGACGAAGACGUGUACGACUCAGCACUGCGGUUGGCAAGAAGCUUGGAGAAUCUGUGCGUCCCUGACAAGCGGGGUAAGUACAUUCUGGUGUGGGCCGCCGAUGAGCACGGCGCUGCCUUGGAAAAUGGUUUCAGAAUUGUCUUGUACUUCGCAGAGCAGCGAGCUCGCCGAUCAUUUGCGCCCCAGAAGGUGGUUUUUUCCAGGUGCUGGUUGGGGCCGUCUGAUUUACCAGGGUGGGCCCGCUGCUGGUUCGUCGAGAACGAGGAGAGCCCCGGGCAUUUUGAAUGGGAGUCUGUGUGGUCAGUCGCUAAGUUGGCCUUGCGCCACCACCACCCGCAGGGUCUGCCGCAGGUGUUUUGCACUUUCGCCGAGCGGAAGCGGGUGCUGCCUGACGGCAGCAAUUUCUUCAGCGAG